CAGACAAGUUGCAGACCGGGGGAGGCGGUGGACGCCGUGAUUAGCGAAGUGAUUAUUAGCUCGUGUGAAACCAUAAAGCUAAAGGCUUCCCCGCGGUAAGACAUUGAGAUUGACCCGGACUCCCUCAAUUUGAUGACAUUCGAACAAACACGGAAGUACUCAAUUAAUCGUUGUUAGUAACGAGGCGAACCGUCUUUGGACAAUGAGGAAUACUGCGUUGCUGCUCAUUGUGCUGCUCGGCGUCGCUCACUUUGUGACAGAAUGCAGAUGUGAAGAUGGAGAAUACGAGGAGCUUGAGGAUGAGGAGGAUGAAAGUGACGAUGAAGUGGAGGAAGAUGACGACGACGAUGACGACACUGAAGUCAAAGAAGAGAAUGGAGUGCUGGUUCUCACCGAUGGCAACUUCGACACGUUCGCCGAGGGCAAAGACACCGUGCUCAUCGAGUUCUACGCUCCAUGGUGCGGCCACUGUAAACAGUUUGCGCCAGAGUAUGAGAAGAUCGCGCUGACCCUGAAGGAGAACGAUCCUCCCAUCCCUGUGGCUAAAGUGGAUGCCACACAGGCAAAGGACUUGGGGAGCAGGUUCGAGGUGUCAGGCUAUCCCACCAUCAAGAUAUUGAAAAGAGGAGAACCCGUUGACUACGAUGGAGACAGAACGGAGAAGGCUAUUGUGGCUCGCGUUCGAGAGAUUUCUCACCCUGACUGGAAGCCCCCACCUGAGGUCACACUGGUGCUCACCAAAGACAACUUUGAUGAGACUGUCAACAAUGCCGACAUCAUCCUGGUAGAGUUCUACGCUCCGUGGUGUGGACACUGUAAGAGUUUGGCUCCGGAGUAUGAGAAGGCAGCCCAAGAGUUAAGCCGGCGCUCGCCACCCAUCCCGCUCGCCAAAGUGGAUGCCACCGUGGAGAGCGACAUCGCUUCCCGCUUCGACGUCACCGGCUACCCCACCCUCAAGAUUUUUAGGAAGGGCAAAGUUUUCGAGUACAACGGGCCCAGAGAGAAGUACGGCAUUGUGAACUACAUGGGUGAGCAGGCAGGGCCUCCCUCCAAGCAGGUGCAGGCUGCCAAACAAGUGCAGGAGCUCCUGAAAGAUGGCGAUGAUGCGGUCAUCAUUGGUGUUUUCUCCAGUGAGCAGGAUGCGGUGUAUGAGACCUACAUCGAGGCUUGUCACUCGCUCAGGGAAGACUUCACCUUCCGUCACACCUUCAGCUCCGAAGUGGCCAAGCAGCUCAAAGUGUCGCCCGGUCAGGUCGUCGUUGCUCAGCCAGAAAAGUUCCGCUCCAAGUAUGAGCCAGCCUUACGCACUCUACCAGUAACGGACUCUACAUCUGUGUCAGAUGUGCAAGAGUUCUUCAAGAAGCACGUGAGCCCUCUGGUGGGCCACAGAAAGCCAAGCAACGAUGCCAAGCGCUACACAAAGAGGCCGCUCGUGGUGGUGUACUACGGAGUUGACUUCAGCUUUGACUACAGGAAAGCUACUCAGUUCUGGAGGUCCAAGGUGCUGGAGGUGGCCCAGGACUUCCCCGAGUACACAUUUGCCAUCGCUGACGAGGAAGACUAUGCAGACGAGCUGAAGAGUCUCGGUCUGAGCGAGAGCGGUGAGGAAGUCAAUGUUGGAAUUUUGGCUGACGGCGGCAAAAAGUUUACCAUGGAACCUGAUGAUUUUGACUCUGACGUCCUGAGAGAAUUUGUCAUUGCUUUCAAGAAGGGGAAGCUGAAGCCUAUCAUUAAGUCCCAGCCCCUGCCGAAGAACAACAAAGGACCGGUGAAGGUUGUGGUGGGUAAGACCUUCGACGAGAUUGUCAUGGACACCCAGAAGGAUGUCCUCAUCGAGUUUUACGCUCCUUGGUGUGGACACUGUAAAAAACUGGAGCCUGAUUUCUUGGCUCUGGGAAAGAAGUACAAGAGUGAGAAGAACCUGGUGAUCGCCAAGAUGGACGCCACCGCUAACGACAUUCCGAACGACAAGUACAAAGUCGAAGGUUUCCCCACAAUAUACUUUGCCCCGAGUGACGGCAAACACAAACCUGUCAAAUUCGAAGGAGGUGACCGAACAGUGGACGGCUUCAGUAAGUUUUUGGAAGAGCAUGCCACAAAGUUGUCACACACAAGAGACGAGCUUUGAAAAGAUCACUUAAGAACUCAAACUGCGCCGGGUAAAGUCCAACAAGUUGCCCGAGAUACGUGGGAAGGUGAAGGGAACCAAGCAUCAGUGUAAAAGUGUUACUGAGUUGCUGUGAGAAUUAGAGUUCAUUCAUCAUUUUAGUUUUGUUCUUUUUUUUUUUUUUGGUGGUUUUUAAAUAAAACGAUGAUGGCUUUGUGGGCCAGCGCUCCA